GCGGACUGGCCUCCGCGCUCUCUCAGAUGUGCUCCGGCUGCCGCCGCCUUCAGUGCGUCCUGCUGCUGGCAGCGCUCACCCGGGCGCUGGAUGAGACGGGAGCGGGGAGAUCGCUGCUGCGGUUCCGCCCGCUCCUUCAUGCGGGCUUCUGCUCCGGCGGAGGUCGCACCGCCGCCGCGGAGGAGCCGGGCUGCGCUCCCGCCCCGCGCCCGCCCGCCCGGGGGGCCCGCAUGGCGUGCUACCUGGUCAUCAGCUCCCGGCACCUCAGCAACGGGCACUACCGCGGCAUCAAAGGCGUCUUCAGGGGACCGCUCUGCAAGAAGGGCGCUCGCUCGCCGGUAACUGCCACCUCCUCGCCCCCUCCCUCACUUGCCCCCCGCACGGACUACGCUGAGAAGGAGAAAGCUGCAGCUAAGGCCCUGGAGGAUGUGAAGGCGAACUUCUACUGUGAACUGUGUGACAAGCAGUACCACAAACACCAGGAGUUUGACAACCACAUCAAUUCUUAUGACCACGCUCACAAGCAGAGAUUGAAAGAUUUAAAACAAAGAGAAUUUGCUCGAAAUGUGGCUUCAAAGUCAUGGAAAGAUGAGAAGAAACAGGAAAAAGCACUCAAGAGACUCCACCAGCUUGCAGAGUUACGGAAGCAGUCAGAAUGCAUCACUGGGAGCGGACCAUUGCUUAAAGCCCCCCGAUUAGUCCUGGAAAAGCAGCAAUCACCAGAUGGCAUUUUCCUGUACAAGGGCAGCAAGUUUGCAGCAAGUUCUCAAAGAACCACCACAAGCGAAGGACAAGGCUUCUCCAAAAGCAUACUAGGGAAACAGCAACUUAUAAUAAGCAGGCACCACCCCCCAGCUGAAAGACACCAUGCACUUGGAAACCGCAUUUCACAAAAGUUCCCAUGCAGCAACAAUACCUCUCAAAGGGCAGGAGUGUCCUUUUCAUUCUCUAAAAAGGUCCCUUUGAAGCUUGAGUCCUCUGCAUCAGUCUUCAGUGAGAAUUGUGAAGAAGGAAAUGAUUAUAGUGAGUCCCCCAAUCAUAAAAAAAAGCAAACUAUUGAGGGCUGUCAUUCUGUCACUCUUUUGGAGGAACAACUGAAAGCAAGUUUGGAUAAAGAGUCACCUAUUGCACAAGACCAAACGGAUUUAGAUAAGAGUGCAUCAAGUCAUGUAGCUACAAAACCUAAAAUGCUAAAGGAAAAUGAUAAAAGUAGUGAUAGGGAAUCAGAAGAAAAAUUCAGAGCUAAUCCUUCAUUUUCUAAAGUCAAAAUACCACUUCCAAAUUUGAAUUUUUCUGCUUCACUGAGAGAAACAGAGCAAGAGAGCAAACUGAAUGAAUCUGAGCAAUUCUUAGAAACUCCCAUUUCAUCUUCAUGCCAAGCUAGCAAUUUUUCUACACAGUUGAACACCUACAAGCACAGUGAUGCCCACCUGCCUGCCCAGUUAUCUGAGCUCCCUAGACAGCCAGAACCUGAGCUGACCUGUUCAAGCAACAUUAAUGACAGUCCUGGAGUGAUAAAAAGAGAAAGAUCUUUGGAGAUCACAGAAACCACAGAUAGAAAUAUGGAAACACUGGAAAAGGAGACCAUGGUUAAAGAAGUUAAGCCCCAGGCAUUGCCUUUCCUCCAUGUGGUGAGCAAAGAUGGCACCACUGCUCUGCAGUGGCCCACAGAAUUACUUUUGUUUACAAAAACUGAGCCCUGUAUUUCAUAUGGCUGUAAUCCAUUGUAUUUUGACUUCAGACUCUCUUUAAAUCACAGGGAGGGUAAACAGCAUGAAACAAACAAAGCAAGCUGUAAAAAUCUCUCUAAAAAUAAGACUGCAGAUGAAUAUGAACCCUCAGGUUUAAUAAAACACAAGCAAAUGUCAAAUGAACAAGAUAAUCAGUUGUUGAAACCAAAGAAGAUGAAAGGUUCCCUAAAUCCAAGAAAGGCCAAGCAAAAAGCUGAGUCAGACAUAGGGAAAGAAAUGAAUGAAAAUGGUCAAAAAUAUAUUGCAGAUUAUUUGAAUGAAAAUAUACCCAAAGUGCCUGCUUACCUUGAUGUCUCACAUGAGGAUUAUGUGACAGAAAAAAGUCUUUAUACAACAUCACUGAGGAGACCUUUAAAGCAUCAUUUCCAUGGCUGUGAAAGAAAAACUCAGAACAUUAGAAACGAAAGCAUUUCCUUUUCUGCUUUUAUGUCUAGGAUUAAAAACUCUAACUCUGAAAAAUGCCAUUUAAUUGAUCCUGAAGAAAAAUAUAAGAACCAAAAUGACUGCAGAUCUCUUCAAGAUGUGGUCAGCUGCAGCAGUGACAUAAGUGACAGUGGAAAAGACUCUAGUGAAAGUUUCUUUAGUUGUAAAUCCAGUUCAAACAGCAAGUAUUUAGAUAAUGAAGGAUGUGGAAGUUAUACAAGAUGCUGGAGACUCUCAUCUCCUCAAAAGUCCUCGUAUGGCAGACAUUCCAGCUAUUCUGACACUUCAGUUAGCAGCACGAGUAGCUACAUGAGUCCCACAUCAAACAAUCACAGAAGAAAUAAUUUGCUUUGUUGUUGUAAAAGAAAAAACAAGACAGAUAAAAGGCACAAACACAGAAAGCACAAGUGUAUUUUCACUUCAGAUGAUACAGAUGAGGAUUAUCUUUGUCACAGUAGAAGUCACAGAACUAGAAACUGUAUUCAGAGUGGCACAAUUAAAUAUCGAAGAUGUUCAAGACAUAAACUUUUACAAAUCAGAGACAGGUCUAAACACAGCAGAUGUAGACAUCAGCAUUUUGGCAAAGUGCUUAGUAGGAGUAGAAGCUACCACAAAUCCAAAAGUGGUUCCACUAGUGAUUCAAGAAGCAGUGAAAGAUCAUCUAGCAGCAGAAUAUCAAGAUGCAGCAGUUCAGGAUCUGUCUCAAAAGAGACUGACAACUGUGACAACAAAACAAAAGAGGAUUCUGAGAGAGCUUCUAUCACUGAACCAGGAAAAGCUGAAACUGCACAUUCCAGCUCUCUGAAUGUUAAUAGUCAGUCCAAAAACUUUGCCACCUGCUCUUCCAAAAACCCGGCAAAAGACAUAUGUGGAAAAAGAAAGUCAAUGACAGCCAAGUUACUUUUAGAAAGAGUGCAGUCUAAGAAAACCCAGGAACAAAUGCAUGAUCCAGAGAGAUUUUCAAUCACUAGUGGGAUAGAAUUAAAGGAUCACUUACAAAGUCACUUUGCUUUUCAGUUUUCAUCAUCAGUAGAUGACAUUGCAAUGUUACCUUUGCCAGAGAAAGUGCUAAGCAAAGGUAAAAAUGACAUGAGACAUAAUGAAAUCAGUUCACUGGAAAACAGUGUGAAGAAAAACAACACUGAAGCAUCAGAGAUAACAAAUGUUACUCUUUCACCUGGAACUGAUUAUGACCAUUGUGUUCUUAAAGACAUAAUUCAAAUUGAAACAGGCUAUCAGAGCCCAAGCAUAAAAAGGAACACAGCAAUAAAGGAACAAACCAGUCUCUUCUUUAGUGAAGUGCAGCCCUUUAUACAAAGCUGUGAUCCAGUACCAAAUGAUUUCCCUGGUGCUUUUCCCUCUAAUAGAUAUUCUGUUGCUGAUUCAACAGAGACCAAAGAAGAACUACAUGAUGUAAACAUGGACUUGAACCGGGCAGAAGGCAGUUCAGACUCUUUUUGUGACAAUGCUAUGCAGAAGUAUGGUGAUACACUACAUGACCUAGAAGUGUACAGCAAAUCCACCUCCCCUCCUUUAACACAGCAGCCCAUCACAUUUACACCAGAAGAAGUAGACAAAUACAGGUUGCUGCAGCUGCAAGCCCAGCAGCACAUGCAGAAACAACUUCUGGCAAAACACCUGAAAGUUUUGCCUGCCCCAGGACCAGCUGCCUUCUCUGCAACACCAGCAGUUCCUGCCCUGCCUGCUCAGCAGCAGGCCACUGUCACCACCAUCCAGCACACGCUGCUGCAGCGCUUUGCUGUCUCGGCAUCUGUGCACCCCCACGGCGGCCAUCUCUCCCUGGCGCCCCUCCACCCCCUUUCUCAGGCACAUUUUGCCCCCAUAUCACUGUCCCCUUUAGCACCAGCCCUUAUUCCCACCCACCCUGCUUUGCUGACAGGACACCCACUGCACUUGGUGUCUGCCACUCCCCUCUACCCUUCCCCACUGACCUUCCCGGCGCUGCCUCACGCUGCAUACAUCCCAGCCUUAUUUACACCACACCUGAACACAGCCACUCCUUCUGCUGUACACCCAAAUCACUUAGUUCAUCCCUUAUUCCAGGGACAAGAGCCCCUUCACUAUUCUUGUUCUAUCCAGACCCAACAGUUACCUACAGCAAAAGAAGUUUUCAGUGUUUCUAGCCACUUAAACUAGCCCAAAUGAUUUCAUCAUGGCUCCAACCCCAAAUUAAAAUAAAAUAAAGCACUCAGCAUUCAAUCACCUCUGAGGGGAAAUCUACUGUUUUGCUGAGAGCACAACAACAAAGAUUUUAAAGUCCACAAUCUGGCUGACAGCAUAUGAAUGUUGAUUUUAUUCUUGUAUCACUGAGGAAAAGCUGCUUUAAAGCCUUUCAUGGUACUAUCACAAGAAGGAUGGGUGACCAGUGUCAUUCUACGGGAUGCUUUAAAAGAAUAGCUUGAAGUGAAGUCUAUAGGAAAGGGAAGUCAGUAGGAAAGGGACCACAGCACCCAGACAAAAUGGGAUCAAUAUCAACACUGAUGAGGGAUCUAAAGUAGCACAAUUUAAGGCUGAGCAAUCUUGGCACACCUCAAAGAUUUGAUUUUCUGAGUUUGCAUAUGAAACAGUGCCUGGUUUGGUUAAGGUAUUUUGAACUGAGUUAAAAAUAAUGUAUCUGGGACCAGCAGACCCUGGGGCUGUCUCCUGGCCAAAGUAAACAGGGGAGGCUCAGAGGGAGGGCUGAUGAGUGAGCACUCGAAGGUGAGGAUCACAACACCACCUUGAAGACACUUUAGUGAUUUCAUCCCUGCACACGUGGCUUGGACAGUCUAAAGGCACUGCAGUCAGGUCAUGGGUACAUAACAAAGCAUUCCCUUAGCGUUGGGAGCUCUGUGCUGGCAGAACAGGCUGCCUCUUUUCUCUCCAAGCCUAGCAUCCAAGAAGGCUCACUGAGAAGCCAAGUUUUUGGCACUGCCUGGGCAUGACUGUGUCACAGGGCAUGUCAGGGUGAGCCACACCAGCCCAGAAUUGCCAAGCAGCCAGUGCUGGCUUUGAACCUCAGAGGUACUUGGCCAAAAGUCCCCACCAAACAGAGCUCUGAUGUGUGGAAGAGUCUUUCCCAAAGAAUGUGUCAAUAUUUUUCAUCCCUUUCACAAACAACAGAAACAAUUGGCUGGUCCUAUAAAAUCAUGCAGAUAUUCAUAAUGAUGUAGAAGUAAAAUUCUGAUAAAAAACUGGCUCUACAGGUUGAGACUCGGAGAAAAACUUGUUUGAGCACUCAGCAUUUAAAAGUUUAUUGAAUCUAAACAAAUAUGUCAAGAUUCUCGCAUGGCUUCCCAAACUCUCUACAAGUAAAAUGAAAUUACAAAUCAACAGGGUUUGAAUGCAUGUAUCCAACCUUCAGAGUAACGUGUGGCUGAAAUUGUUGUAAUAACUGUGUAUCUGAAAAUAGGUGAAGGCUACAGCAUCUCUUUGAAUGCCAUAGUUUGACACUUUUUAUAAUGUUUCUAACUGAACACAGGAUAUUUAGCAUGAAAUUAGUUUAUAAUUAUGGUUAGACUGCAAGCAUGCUUCCCCAAUAAAAUUGGACCAUGAAAAUCCAACACACAGUACCUGUUUGUUGGGAUUAAAAACAUUUGAAAUAAUUUCAAUUCAUUUGCAAUAAGUGCACAAAUAAGUAUCUUUCAGAAUCAAUAUAAAACACAUUGAAAAACUUUUGGGAGAAUUUUAAUCCAUUAUAUUCAGCUACCUGAAGAAGCUGAAAACUCUAAUUGCAAAUAAGUUGUGUCUUUAAAAUAUAACAGAACCAAUUUUCUUAGUUUUAAUCAAAAUGCAUUGAUCCAUUACAAAAAAAAAAGAAAUUAUUUUAAUUUCUGUCUUUCUGGAUCUUCUUCAGCAUAAACUGGUAAUAUGCCAAACUUUUUGAGUUACUUUACAAGUUGUGACUCCUAUUUUUGUAUUUCCAAGUAGCUUUAAAUAUUUGGUGGUUUAGCUAUUGAAAAAAAAAAAAAAAAACAGAAAAAAAUAUUAUGGAGGCUAUGCAGAAGCAAAAUAUUUUAGUGCUGAAAAAGGUUGGUGGCACCAGCACCCUCCAGCAUAUUUUGGUUUGAUUCCCACCUUAUUUUUUAGUCUCAUUAACAAAAUGGAUUCAUGCCUUUUUGGUGUUACUUAUCUGUAUGUAAGUAGCAUAUAAAUUAUAUUUAUUUUUCUCAUUUAAAUUGUAGAGUAAUUCUUUAAUUGAAAUUAUUGCCUCAGAAUUAAGGAAGUCAAAGAUUUUAUUUGGGAAGAAUGUAGAACUAAAUGCUUCCAGAGUUUAAUAAUUCUUCCUUUCAAUUGUGGCUGGAAAAUUUCCCAAAAUAAGGCCUGAAUUUACAAAUGUUUUCUGUACUUCCAAUACUUUAUUUUCUGAGAAUCAAACAUAUUUCACUUACUCUGACUCAACACCUCUGAAAAUUUUUACUUGCUUGGAUGGAGAUCGCUCACGCAGUGGACCACUUGGACACAUUAGUCAUAAUUCUGUAGAAACAUUCUGAAUUGGACAUCUAAAGUAGCAGGUGAAGCAGUGCCCCAGGAGGGGCUGACUGGGCUGUGUGACCAUCACCUGCAGUCCAGGGAUAAUUCCAGCAUAAAAGGUGGGGCAAUUCCAGCCCCACAAGUUUUAAAUUUGUGGGCCCAGCUUCAUCUCUGUUGAAGUAAACCCAGCUGUUCUCAUUGCGUAUAAGAAUUCAUUUGUACCUUAGGCAGAUAACAUCAAAAGAAAAAUAUGGAACUGAAGGAAUGAUGGGCUAAUCUCAUCUUUAAUGUGUGUACACAUAUUUUGUAUUCCCACUUCUACCAGAAAAUGUUAAUACUAUAGAAAUUUCUGUGGCAAGAAACCUGACCAAAUCAAACUUAACCAUAUCCUACUACAUAGAUCAUUUAUGGAAAAUAGAUUUAUUUGUUUCCCUCAAUGUAUGCACCAUACAACGGGACUCUAGAAUAAAUGAAAUCCUAAGAUUCCCAUGCAUCAUUGUACAUACCAACAUGGUAGGGCAAAUAAAUUGACAAGGAAGAAUAAUUUUAAUUCUUGGAACAAUGGGAAUUAGAAUUUUGAGAUGCAUUAAUGGGGAGAAAAAGAGAGAUUAGGAACAGAAAGAGCACAACAGAAAACCAGUAAUCACUGAUUACCAAACACAGGCAAUGUCCAAUAUGGUUCUUAGUGCACAGAAGGGAUUUUCUUGGAGAAAUAUAAUAAAGCUAUUGGCACAGCUGAAAUUAUAUAUUUCCUCUAAUUGCUGUCAUAUUUUUUUCAUCAGUAAUGUACUUUAAAUAUGCAUCAUUAUAAUUAUUAAAAGCAUUAUUGAGCCUGAUGUAGGGAGCCAUGCUACAAUUUUGAUUUUAUUUAAAGACAUUUUUAAAAGAGUUAUAGUGUCUUUAUGACAGUGAUAUAUACACACCAAGUUAAUAAUCUAUUUUAGCUUGAGUGUAUAUUCUUGAUACAUAAUCUAAGGAAAGAGGUCACCCACACCUUAAAAUUCAAAUUAAAAAAAUUUCCUAAGUGACACCAUGAUAAAGUUUUUUGUUGUUGUUUGGGAUUUUUUUUAAUCUGAUGCAUUUCUGGAAUACAUUCAACAUGUAUAUUUGUUGUGCGGAUUUGCAUAAAAAUGCCAUUUGAUCAGAUUGAUUUUAAAAGUGUCAAGUUUAUAUUUAAAACUGGAUAAUACUCUGGCUAGUAUAAUAUGUAAACUAGUAAUUUUGUUUUGUAUUCUCUGUAUAAAGUGUUUUAUAUUAUACAGUAGCUAAGUGAAUUGCACUAUUGUACAUGCAAUGGAACUUUUGUUUUAGCUUAUUCAAGGAAUCCCUGGGAAUGUAGUUUAAUGCAAUAAUAUUUUUUUUCAAUAAAAAGGCUUACUGGUA